AUGACCAACCAAGACGCAGCAAGCAGAGACGUAAGCGAGGGCGUUCGCGGAGUAGGGAUCCAAGGCGACGGCGCGAUGAUCAAUACCGCGGUCCACAACGCUCGAGUAGACCGGAGGACGGCGGAGGAGGACGAAGUCAACGCGACAUUACGCCGCCUCUCACCUACCGGAGCAAGAGCAGUCGCCAUACCGCACCAAUCGCUUCCCAUGGCAAUACUUCCCCUAAUACGUGGCGAUGACCAUAUUGCUAGUCGGCCCAGAGCGGAGCCCAUCAAGAGCCGUCCUAGCGAACCCGAUGAGAGCGCCGAAACGCUUACACUCGGGAACUUGCAUAAGCGGAGAGCGUCCACAUCGCCUGAAAAGUUCAACACCGGCAGAUUCGAGCCCUUACCACUCCAGCUCGGCGCUCCUCCAAAUCUUGCCACGGAGCGCCCCGUCAAGCGAGCGCGACUGGAGAACAAGCUCGCGAUCACUUACGAUGCGGCCGGCGUGCCGCAGGUCUGUUCCAUCAACCCAACGAUCACUCUACCUUCCGGUCGUAAAAUCUCUGGCAAAGGCCUCGAACGUCUUCGCACUCCGUUGACAGCCGACAAAGGACCAUUCAGCGUCGUCGCUGCCAUGGUGCGAGAUCCCGACAUUUUCUUCCGGAUCAUCAGCUUCCUCACAAUGCCCUCGUUGAUCAGCCUCUACUCAAUCAGCCGCAUCUUCCACAGAGCCUUCGAUGCUAACUAUUUGUCCUUUAUCCUCGCGAACAUGCGCCAGUGGGCGCCCAACGCAGACCGCAUCUACCCUUGGCGCUUCUACAAGGACCUUUGCAUUCGCAAUCCUAGUACUCUGGCGAAGAUCGCUUGGAAAGGCAAGAUUAUCGACUGCAAUCUAAGCAACAUCCCGAGUAUACCCAGCCUACGCUGGCUUCAGAUGGUCGUCUGGCGCCAAGGCAUUUGCCAGGACAUACUGGUUUCGCUAGCAACACAAGGCCUGAAUUGCGUCCCAGGCACGUUCGACGCGCUAAAGCGGAUAUGGUUUAUCAUGGACAUGCCGCUGAACGCCUACCGCCUGUCGCUCUGCAGGAGCGAGAAAUACCUCUCUCAAAGCGCCAUCUUUUGCGCCACCGCGUUCUUUCUCAAGGUCGACAUGGCCUUCACAGACCCAUUGGGGAAAGUCAUGCCGUUCAACACGCCGAGCACCAAUACCAAGCGCUAUCCGCAGGAGUGGCAGAAUUGUGCGCCCGUUGGCUGCGAUCUGCGGGAACUGCUGAUGGCGGAGAGGCAUCUGACACCGCUGUGGCGUGUGUUACGAGGUUAUAGCUGGGAUCCUACGGAGCCGUUUUGGCCAAUGUCGAGGCUGGAUGUGUUGAAGCUGUGGGUGCGACAGAAGUAUCGCCUUCCGGACAACGUGGCAGACCACGUCAAACGGCAGAGCAUUAUGGGUAUACCGUGGUACGAAGUCGGUACUGCUGGUUUGGAACGCACUACGAUCUACCUGCACUCGCUUUCGGCGAGUGGACAAACAGCUAAAGACCAAGCUUUGCCGACAUCAAUGACGGCAACAAAUACCAUCCAGCAACCGCUCUAUCCUCACCGUAAAGGCUUGCUCGUUCCGGUGGAGAGGCCACGAGAGCGGCUGCUUCGACCGGAGGAGCUGAUCUUGCGGGAGGGGAUACGGAGGAAAUAUGGUCUGCACAGGCACUGGGUACAGAUGAUGCUCUAUGGGUUCUGCGAUGCGCAAGGGCGGAAUCUGCCAGUGAGGAGUGAAGGGGAGGUGCUGGCGAGCCGCCUCUGA